AUGGAGGAUCUGAAGCGGCUGGCAAAGCUGGGGAGCAAGACGCCAGGCCACCCCGAGAACACACUCACGCCGGGGAUAGAGGUCACCACAGGUAGGCUUGGAUGGGGUGGUGGUGAGGUGGGGGCCGCCACAGGUGGACUUUGUGCUGAAGCUGUUUGCGUCAAUGCUGUUUGGGAAUCCCGCAGUCUUUCCUCCUCCUGGUCUUCCUCCGUGUCGACUUCCUUCCAGGAAGGUUCCAGCUGCCCACUGGGGCAGGGCUUUGCGAAUGCGGUGGGGGUGGCAGCAGCAGAGGCGCACCUGAGUGCUCGCCUCAACACCGUUGACUUUCCUGACCUCAUUGACCACCACACCUCUCGUUCUCGCUGUAACCCCACCCCUGUGUUGCUGCUGCCUGUGCUCCUGCCUGUGCUGCUUCCUGUGCUGCUUCCUGUGCUGCUGCCUGUGCUGCUGCCUGUGCCGCUGUUGUCCAGGUUCGUUGUAUUUGGCGAUGGCUGUGCGAUGGAGGGAGUGGUGAACGAGGCAGCAUCUCUGGCGGGCCACUGGGGUUUGGGAAAACUCAUCGCCUUCUAUGACUCCAACCAGGUCACCAUAGACGGCAGCACGGAUCUCGCCUUCUCGGAGGACGUCCUGGGCCGUUUCGCCGCGCUGAGGUGGCACGUGCAGCGAAUCACGCUUCGCGACGCCGCUGACCUGGACGCUCUCCGCUCCGCCAUACAAGCCGCCAAGAACGAAACCCACAAGCCAUCCCUCAUUCAAGUGGACACGGUGAUAGGGUUUGGUUCGCCCAAGAAGCAGGGCACCAGUGCGGCGCACCAUGGGGCGUUUGGGAAGGAGGAGACGGAGGCGAUCAGAAAGACGCUGCACUGGCCUUACAACGAGCCGUUUACUGUUCCUGACGAGGGCACCAGUGCGGCCCACCAAAGGGCGUUUGGGCCCGAGGAGACUGAAGCUAUUCGGAAGACACUCAAAAGGCCUCACAGCAAGCCGUUUACCGUUCCUGAGGAGGUGUACAGGGCCAUGCAUCAGGCGGCUGCGCGCGGCCAAUCAGCGGCUGCCAGCUGGAGGGAUCGGGCGGCGCAGUACCGCCAGCGCCACCCGGACCGGGCGGCGCUUUUGGACGCACUCACAGUGCCCGGGCGGCUGCCAGCUGGGUGGGAGGACUCGUUGCCGCACUUUGAACCAUCAACUCCUCCCGAUGCUACCCGCGGUUACUCUGAGGCGUGUCUCAAUGGCCUCGUGCACUCGCUGCCCAACCUUCUGGGCGGCAGUGCUGACCUGGCAUCCUCCAACAAGCCACCUUCCUCCCCUCAUUCCCUCCCUCCCCUCAUUCUUAUUCCCUUUCCACGCCCCACUAAUCCGCCCUCCCCUCAUUCCCUCUCGCUGCGCGCCCCUCAUUCGCACGUCCCCCUCCCAGGCACCUUCCCUCCCUCUCUCACUCCACACAUGGACCCCCAGGUGUCAUUUCACGGGCUGCCGGACUUCUCCCGAGAUUGCUUUGAGGGUCGCAACUUCCACUUCGGCGUGCGCGAGCAUGCCAUGGCUGCCAUCAGGCAUGAGAAAAUGCACAUCUCAUCCCAGCAUCCCUCCCCACCCCACUCCGCAUUUGUUUUCCUUCAACCUGCCUUCCAUGGUUCUCUUCCCCCCCACAGCAACGGCCUCGCCCUGCACUCGCGCGCGCUCAUCCCAGUGGCAGCCACCUUCCUCGUCUUUUCUGACUACAUGCGGCCGGCGCUGCGUCUCGCCGCCCUCUCCGCCGCCCGGGUGCUUUUUGUCUUUACCCAUGACUCCAUCGGGCUGGGGGAGGACGGCCCCACGCACCAGCCAGUGGAGCACCUCCCUUCCCUCCGAGCAAUCCCAAACCUCCACGUCAUCCGUCCUGGCGACGCCAUCGAGACAGCUGGCGCCUACGUGGCGGCAAUCUGGCGCAGCGUGGGGCCCACCGCAAUCCUGCUGUCCCGUCAGAAGCUGACAGCUCAGCUCAACGGGUCGUGCAGGGAGGGGGUGUUGAAAGGGGGGUAUGUGCUGGGAGGGGGGGGAGGGGAAGGAGAGGAGGAGGGAGAGGGAGGAGAAGGUGGAUUGGAUUUGGAUUUGAUUCUGAUUGGGUCAGGAUCGGAGCUGGUGCUCUGCCAGGAAGCUGCUGACAAGCUUCGCCAGCAAGGGUACAGCGUGCAGGUGGUGUCUCUGCCCUGCUGGGAGCUCUUCAGGCAGCAGCCUCGGGAAUACCGGGACGCUGUGCUGCCGCCACGUGUCACCAAACGACUGGCCGUUGAGGCUGCUCGCUCCCAGGGCUGGUGCGAGUGGGUGGGACCCGAGGGCUCUGUCCUCUCUGUUGAGCGAUUUGGUGCCAGCGGGCACUAUCUUGAAGUGUUCCAUAAGUUCGGAUUCACUGUAGACAACAUAAUAGAGCACGCUUAUAAGGUGAUGGGUAGAACCCAGUGA